AUGAACAUCACCGCCGCCAUCACCGCCGUCAUCGCCGUGAUGGCCGCGAAUCAGAGCGGCGGCGUAACCGACGGCGCGGGCAUGGGUCGCUUCCUUGUUAGGAAUUCCCCUAGUGGCAGCAAGGGUCUGUUGGACACUGAUGAAGAAGAUGACGGUGAUGAUGAUGGUGAUGGUGAUACGAAUAGCACCAUAUGUGGCUAG